UUUCAAAGUAUGCUGUUCAUGAAAAACUGAAAUAUUUAAGUAACUGACUGGGUUUCCAGUCACCUUAGAAUAUAUCUUGGCUCCAUCUUGGAUUUUUGGUGUAGCAAAAAAUGGGCUUGCACUACAGCAGUUUAGAAGAUUACCUGAAUCAUCUGGUUCUGUAAGCAUCCCUCAUUUAAUUGUAUUGAUCUGACUAUAUAGAGUUAAGAAAAUUUUAGUUUUAUUUGUAUAAGCUUAAUUAUCUGUCCAUAGUUGUUUUUGGAAAAAUGCUGCAGGUGGAAAAAGCAAGACAGUGUGGAAGAUUCAGUGUUAGAUGUUGAUUCAUCUCAGACAGUGAAGAAAGGCUUCCACAACUGUAGCAGUUACCAACUGAGUUUACUCUAAUGCAUGGCGUUUAAUCAUCCUGCUUCAAAAUCUGAAUCUAACGGUGUUUAAUCGCAUGUUUAUAGGGAAGAUUAUAGCAAUGUAGGGUGGGUAUUGAAACUAGCAAGUGCCCCUCCCCUUAUGUUGUCAGUGACCGAGUUGUGCCAGCUAUUGCCCCGAGGGCGCUGUCCAGCCGCCCACAGAUCAAUAGAAACCUUCUAUUAGUUCAUUGGGUGCAGUACGUCUGGGAUUCAUUUACUGAAGCUAUGCCCAGAGAGAGGAGCUCACCUGCUUUACUGAAGAAGGGAAGAAAUUGGAGGUGCACAGCUAGCGUUGUCUCCGUCAUAAUAACGAAUCAGUGCUGAGAAUCAUCUUUAAUACAAUCAAAAUCGUGUAAGUCUCUGUCUUCUUCACUCUAAAAAAAAAUGGUUCCUCAAGGUUUCUUUAGGGUGAUAGUUCUAAGAGCAAUUUCCCGAAAGGAAACCCUUGGUUUUUGGGUACUACAUAGAACUUUUAUGGGUUUCCCCUCAGAGAGACAAACUGUAGGACCCUUUGGAAACUGUAACUUUUUUCCCUAAGAUUGUAUUUACCUCUUUAACCAAAAGUUAAGUGUAUGUUUUUCACUCUUAUACAACUUUAGGCUAUGUGAAACCAAAAAUGGGUGAUUGGAAUUUUUUGGGAAGCAUCUUGGAGGAAGUUCACAUCCAUUCCACCAUUGUGGGCAAAAUCUGGCUGACUAUCCUCUUUAUCUUUCGCAUGCUGGUCCUUGGAGUUGCUGCUGAAGAUGUCUGGGAUGAUGAGCAAAGUGAGUUUGUGUGUAACACAGAGCAGCCCGGGUGCAAGAAUGUCUGCUACGACCAAGCCUUUCCCAUCUCCCUCAUCAGGUACUGGGUCCUGCAGAUCAUCUUUGUAUCUUCACCUUCUUUGGUGUACAUGGGCCAUGCGCUGUACCGGCUGCGUGCUCUGGAGAAGGAGAGGCACAAGAAGAAAGCCCAGCUCAAAGUUGAGCUGGAAGGGAUAGAGGGAAUACUGGAUGAACAGAAAAGGAUUGAGAAGGAGCUGAGGAAACUGGAAGAACAGAAGAGAGUCAGGAAAGCCCCUCUGAGAGGUUCCCUACUGCGUACAUAUGUGUUUCAUAUUUUAACCAGGUCAGUGGUGGAAGUGGGCUUCAUACUGGGUCAAUAUGCCCUUUAUGGUAUUGGACUGGCCCCACUAUACAAGUGUGAGAGAGACCCCUGCCCCAACAUUGUGGACUGUUUCGUGUCCAGGCCGACAGAGAAAAAUAUUUUCAUGAUCUUCAUGCUGGGCAUCGCUGGGGUUUCCCUCUUCCUAAACAUCUUGGAGAUCUUUCACCUGGGAGUGAAACAGAUCAAGCAGAGCAUAUAUGGCAACACACAUGGUGGAGAUGAUGAGAGUCUUUGCAGGUCAAAGAAAAACUCCAUGGUGCAGCAAGCAUGUGUCCUUACAGAUUGCCUGCCACAGAAAUUUGCACACAUGACCCAAACAUCCUAUGCCAUUGUGACCGAUGGGCAGGUGGAAGCUUUGCCACCCCACAUGCCCCCUAGCAACCCUCUACACACCCCUGAGGCACCAACCAGUGAUGCUGCUGGAUCUGAGCAGCCCAAGCAGCCACGUAUUCUGAGCCAGCCUGAGAUCCAGGCCACCCGUCAACUAGGGGCUGCAGAGCGGCUUUCCACUGUGGACAACCGUGGCCACUCUUCCAGCAGCGAUGACUCCGGACCCAAGGUAUCUGGCCCUCAGAAGGGUGUUGGUCAGCUACCUCGAGCUUCUCUCAGAGCCAGCAACAUCGAGAUCCCAGCAUCCCUUCAGAACUCUGCACGCAAGCAAAGUCGGGUGAGUGCAUGCAAGGACCUGAGUGAGGAGAGUGAUUCGCCAGAACACCACCCCACAGGUAGGAAAGCUAGCUUCAUGUCCCGAGGGCUUUCUGAAAGCAGACUGGCCAUUCCACUAGACAGUCCAAUGUCCAAAAGCGGCUCAGAGUCAGAGGCCAAGCAGCUGGCUCAGAGUGAAAGCCCUGCCAUGACCCCUCCACCUGCUGGUGGGCGCCGCAUGUCAAUGGUAAGAACCUAUUUUCAGGAAAAAAAAAGGUCAUCUGCAUGAAGUGUUUGUAAUGACGAACACUUUUAAAAGGUUAAAUCUAGAAUCAUAAAGCAUUUGGUUUAUCCCUUUAAAAUUCUGUUACAUACAGUUGUGCUAACAGAGAGGGUAUUAGGGAGUUAAGUAAAACAUAAAACACAACGGGGGCAUGCUGUUAUAGGAAAAUAAUCAAUUAUGUGGUCGUGUGAUGUGGCCUGAUAUUGAAUUCCUGUUAGCACCCGGAGCUGAUUAUUUUCCUAUAACAGCACAUACUGAAGUGCUUUAUUCUUCUUACACCACAGCAAUUUUCCAACUAUUAAAUUUUUUUUUAUUUAUUAAAGAGCAAGAUUGUGUACUUUUUACAGCCAGAACUACUGUCAUUGCUGCUGUUAUAGAAAAUUAAUCAGCACCUGCUGACCAAUCAGA